AAUCAAUGGGCGCUGAUCAGAGCAAGCUUGAUUAUAAUUAUGGCUAAAUAAUUGAGAGAGACAAUCUCUGUCAAAAAAGACUACAAUAUGAUAUUAGUGCAAAGGAUGUCUUUUUGCAAUCUUUAACAUCAAUUCCCAUUUUAAAAUCCUUUGAGGAAGUUGAUAAAAUUACAUUCUGUGGAUCUCCAAAUGAAAUCAAAGCAUUUUUCUCAUACAAUCAAAUAACACUCCAUCAAUUUGUAUUGACUCAAGAAUUCACACUUAAAGAGACAUAAAUAGUUUGCACCAUCAAAUAAAUUCUUUCAAACAUGAAUCAAAAUAAAGUUUAAAUACAUCCUAAGGAGAUCUUGUUACCUGAAUAUAUUAUGUUAGACCCAGAAUUGUUUUUAUAAAAGAGUGACAUACAAAGAAUUAGAUAAGGAAAUAUCAAACAUCAAGAUUAUUAUUUGGCUCCAGAAGUAUUAUCUGGCAGAUGCAAAUCCAAUAUUACGGCAUAAAUAUUUAGUUUAGGAAUGGUAUGCUUAUUUAUAAUGACAAAAUUGACACCUUUCGAUUUUAAUAUCUAUGAUACGACAUCUUUUCAAUCUUCAAAUCUCCAGAAAUAUAUCAAUAAAAUAAAUACAGGCAUAUAUUCAUGUAAAUAUAAUAAGAUAUUUAGAAUUGUUAAAAAAUGUAGUGAUUGAUAUGCUUAAGGAGGAUCCGAAAUAAAGAAUUAAUGAAGAUUAAAUUAUAUCUAGAUUAGAUGAAGUACUUAUGUUCCAUUCAUAAAAAACAUUAAAGUUUUAAGAAAGUGCAAUUUUAUAGGCUGAUAGAAUAAAACUAGAUUUUAAUGAAGAAUUAAAGCAAUCUUAAUUAAGUUACAAUUAUAAAGAGCGCCCAUCCGAAAAUUAAAAAUAUGAUAAAGAAAAGAAAUAAAGUAAACAUACAGCCAAUAAUUCACCAUAAACUAAUCAUAAAAGUCACAAUAAGGAGAAUAUUGAAGUAGAGUUUAUAACAAAAAAAGAAAAAAGAAUAAACAACUACAGUUUUAGUGCUUGUUCAAGUAGAUCUCAUAUUAGAGGAAUGUCAAUUAAACCAGCAAAAAAACAUGUUUAUUAAGACAAACAUUCAUCUGUUAAAUAAAGAUGGAAAUGA